GUCAGCACCUGAGCGCGGGGAAGCGACGCCUCCUAGGCCUCUUGCCGCUCCGGCGGGCCCGCGGCCACUGCCCCUUAAUGGCCACUUAGCUCCGCCUUCCGCAGCGGAGCAGGAACGGGCCGUCUUUGCCGGCGAUCCUCCUGGCGGGCCGUUGGGUGGCGGCGGCGGCGGCCGGGAGAGAUGGGGGCGGCCGGGCGGCAGACGCAGCUGCUGCGGGCGGUGAUCAUGGGGCCCCCGGGCUCGGGCAAAGGGACGGUGUCCUCCCGCAUCGUCAACCAUUUCGCCCUGAAGCAUCUCUCCAGCGGGGACCUGCUCCGGGACAACAUGCAGAGGGGAACAGAAAUUGGUGUUUUGGCCAAGACUUUCAUUGAUCAGGGGAGGCUCAUUCCAGAUGAUGUUAUGACUCGGCUGGCAUUGCAUCAGCUGAAAAGUAUAGACCAGUACAGCUGGCUACUGGAUGGUUUUCCCAGGACAGUUUCACAAGCUGAAGCCCUAAACAAAGUUUAUCGCAUAGACACAGUGAUUAAUCUGAAUGUGCCCUUUGAGACCAUUAAACAACGCCUCACUGCCCGCUGGAUUCAUCCGGCCAGUGGCCGAGUCUAUAACACCGAAUUCAAUCCCCCCAAAGUUCCUGGCCAUGAUGAUCUUACUGGAGAGCCACUUACUCAGCGUGAGGAUGACAAACCAGAGACCGUUGCCAAGAGACUGAAGGCUUAUGAGGCCCAAACGAAACCUGUCUUGGAGUAUUAUCAGAAAAAAGGUGUGCUGCAAUCUUUCUCAGGAACGGAGACCAACAUGCUCUGGCCCCAUGUGUAUGCUUUCCUCCAAACAAAGCUGGCAGAUGGGAGCCCGAAGUAAGCGGCUACACCGUGAUGAGUGAAUCGUUUUAAGAUGAACAAAAGCAAAGCUUCUAAAUGAGAGCAACUCCGGCACAUGUGAAUUCAAGAUGAUGACCAUUGCAAUUAUCUAGUGCUCCUCUUCUCAUCUCUUGGGCAGAAGGGUUUUUUUAAUCCAAUUUUUUUAUACUUGUACUUAACUUUUAUAAAACAAAUUACAGUGUCUAACAAUGUAAAAUUAUUUUUCAUACUCAGUUCUCCUGUAACGUAGGGGCCACGCGCCCUAGGGAAAGUAGCUGUCCAGUACAAGCCUUGACUGAAGCCUUGCUCAUGGGUACAAAUUGUUUCUUCUGACUUAUCAUUAUGUUCUCUCCGGACAAACAUACAUUGACAGAAGGCUCCCUAAUUCCCUAACAGUGCUCCAUCCAAAAACCCUUGGUUAAAAACUCCCAUUAUUGAAGAACUAAGUAUAAAUCGCUUCUAGGAUUUUCCUGUUUUUCAGAGAAAAAAAAUCAAGAAUAGUACAAUAGGUAAGAUGAGUAAAAUAGGGUUCAUUUUGGGCUAAAACUGGUGUGCUCUAUGCUGGAAAAAUAUUUUUCUAGUUUGAAGCAAAAUGGAAUAUUUCCUGGGACUACAGUCCUCAAGUUUGGGAUCGUGGGUCUACCUAAUGUCACUACUCUGAAAAGUCAGAUGCAGACUUAUCGAUGUUGAAUUGUGAAUUGAAUAUUGAUGUGCACCCUGUGGAUGGUAAGCUCCUUGAAGGCAGGGAUCGCGUCGUCAACUCUAUUGUAUGGUACUUUCCCAAGCACUUAGUACGGUGCUCUGCAUGCAGUAAGCGCUCAGUAAAUACCACUGAAGAUUGGUUGAUUGACUGAAUGGGAAUUCACUGCUACUUUUGAAAAGGAUACUUGUGGGGCAGGAGGAAGCGUCAGAAUAUACUGUAUAAGGUUGGAAGAGGGCUUUAACAACUCCACGAAUAAUUCAGGCACCGCUUUUGUAACAGAGGGAUAACUAGAUAUACUAGAGGUAACUAGACACCGCUUCCAUUUGUAACUCCUAUUUGUUUUGAAAACGUUUGUGAGAAGUGGAGUAAGUUUGUCCUAGGGUUUGUUUGUCCUGACUCUUCAAUAUAUUAUUUCCCUCAUACACACAGAGCAUACUGGCAUUUUCCCUAAUGGAAAACUAUUACAACUGGGGUUGUGGUAGAAAAACUUUAUUCAGGCUGGGAAAUUGUGCCUGGUGGGGGGGAGGGAUAAAUUUCCUAUUUUUCUUCUUCAACUAUUGACAGAUAGAGCAAAAGAGAACCAUUUAACUCAUGGCACUAUAUAGACGCUAGUACAGCCUCUGAUUAGAAAACAGAAGUACCACCGGCAGCUUCUGCAAAAUAUCUUGAUUUACUGAUUAGUUUGCAGAUGCAAUAACUAGGCUUUCACUCCACAGGCUUGGGAAAUCUGGGGACAGAACUUAGUUCGGUUUCGUGGGGAGAAGAUUAAACUUAAUGCCACUAGUCUCUGAGAUACUGGUGCUGGUCGGCACCUUGUGCCAUAGAAAUGGUAAUGACUCUAGACCGAGCUCAUUGUGGGCAGGAAUGUGUCAUACUGUACUCUCCCAAGCUCUUAGUACAGUGCUUUGCACACAGUAAGCGCUCAAUAAAUAUGAAUGAAUGAAUGAAUGGAUGACCAGGGUCAGAAAAUCAGAGACUGUAAUUUGACUUUCACCAGUAUGUUUGGUUCGAGGGAUUCAUUAACAGGCAAUUUAGGCUUGCACUUUGGCCAUGAGUAAAUACAAAUUUGGGCCCCAGAGAGAGAGAGUAACUUAAUUAUGUUCUGAAUGGCAUUUCUCCCCUCACUCCUCCUAGAUUGUAAACAAGACCUUAGGCAACCUGAAUAAGGUGUCAGCAAGAAGACUGAUCGCCACACCUACGUGUCCAAGGUUUUCCUAUGGACACUUAAACAAAAAUCGUAUUAAGCUGGAAAUCAUUUCAAGCACCUCUCACACAAAAAUGUUUCUUUCCAAAUUUGCCAUUUUAGAUAGUCUGCUAAUUUGUCCCUUGAAUACAGAUGGGCUUUUAGAUUCUCUAAUUUUGCAUUUUCUCAAAUUUUUUGAAACGAUCUGAGUAUUUGGCACUAUCGUCUUUAAAAUCUAAAUAGUUAUGGAACACUGUUGUAAGACAUUAUUAGUCUGUGCAGCAUACUAUCCUAUAAUCAAAAAAAAAGGAAUAAAUGUGGAUGUCUUAUAUACAGUUGUAGUUGCA